AUAUAUAUAUAUAUAUAUAUGUAUGUGGGCACUGGGUUUUCUUGUUAAAAAAUAAGGGUGGGUCUUAAAAGAUAGCAUCUUUGCAGAAAAGGGUUGUUUCUUGAGUGAGAUGGGGUUGUGCUGGAAUUUGGCGGCGGCGGUGGUGGUGGUGGCGUUUUUGGUGGUCGGCGGUGGUUAUGGGUUCCCGGAGGAGGAUCUGGUGGUGAAGUUGCCAGGUCAGCCAUUUGUGAAAUUCAGGCAAUAUGCAGGUUAUGUAGAUGUGGAUGUUAAGAAAGGGAGGAGCUUGUUUUACUACUUUGUGGAAGCUGAUAAUAACCCUGAUCACAAACCCCUCACACUAUGGCUCAAUGGAGGGCCGGGUUGCUCGUCGAUUGGAGGAGGUGCCUUCACUGAGUUAGGUCCUUUUUUCCCCAAUGGCGAUGGCCGAAGCCUGAGAGUAAAUUCAAAAUCUUGGAACAAAGCAUCAAAUCUAUUGUUUGUGGAGUCUCCAGCUGGUGUGGGAUGGUCAUAUUCGAAUACGAGCUCGGACUAUACUUGCGGUGAUGCAUCGACAGCAAUGGAUAUGCACGUAUUCUUGAUGGAGUGGUACAAGAAGUUCCCCACUUUCAAAACCCGAGAUUUAUUUCUCACAGGAGAAAGUUAUGCAGGGCAUUACAUCCCGCAAUUAGCUAUUGCUCUUCUGGACCACAACCAACAUUCUCCCAAAUUCAAGUUCAACAUCAAAGGGGUUGCUAUCGGGAAUCCACUUCUGAGGCUCGAUAGAGAUGUACCAGCAACUUACGAAUUCUUCUGGUCACACGGAAUGAUUUCCGAUGAAACGGGCCUCGCAAUUAUGAACGAUUGUGAUUUUGAUGAUUAUUCAUUUGCUAGUCCACACAAUGUUUCUGAAUCUUGCAACCAAGCAAUAUCCGUGGCAAAUCAGAUUGUCGGUGAUUAUAUAAAUAACUACGAUGUUAUUCUUGAUGUUUGCUAUCCAUCCAUCGUCGAGCAAGAGCUUCGACUAAAAAAGAUGGCGACAAAGAUUAGUGUUGGAGUUGAUGUUUGCAUGAGCUACGAAAGACGCUUCUAUUUUAACCUUCCUGAGGUUCAAAAGGCGCUUCAUGCAAAUCGAACCAAAUUACCCUAUAGCUGGUCCAUGUGCAGUGGUGUUCUGAACUACAACGAGACAGAUGGAAACCUCGAUAUGCUUCCCUUGCUCAAGAGAAUCAUUCAGAACCGCAUUCCCGUUUGGAUUUUCAGCGGCGAUCAAGAUUCGGUUGUGCCAUUACUUGGUUCGAGAACACUUGUACGAGAACUUGCUCAUGAAAUGCAAUUCAAGAUCACAGUCCCAUAUGGAGCUUGGUUCCAUAAAGGCCAGGUAGGAGGAUGGGCAACUGAAUAUGGAAACUUGUUAACGUUUGCUACAGUUAGAGGUGCAGCUCACAUGGUGCCGUAUGCACAGCCGUCAAGAGCUCUGCAUCUGUUCAGCUCGUUCGUUCGUGGCCGUAGAUUGCCUAACAACACACGUCCCGCCAUCGACGACUGAUAUACGAGCAAGAAAAAAAAAGACUUAAAUUACAAUGUUUUGAUUUUGGUGUUUUUUGAAUUUGAUUUCUCUAGUUUUCUUGGAUUUUUAUACAAGUCCAUUUUAUUUGCCUCCAAUAAAACAGUUAACUUCAUUUUUAAGAUUGA